AAAAAAAGGACCAAAUCCAUCACCUUCUUCAGCGAUUCUCUCUCGCUUCGCACUCGCAGACCCGCCCCCCGAAAACCCCUUCUCCUCCCUCCCUCCCUCUCCGGCUCCGCCCGCCGCGCCGCCCGCCAUGCCUCUCGCAAUCCACGCCAAGUCGGACUCGGAGGUGACGAGCAUCGACGCCGCCUCGUCGCCGCCGCGGUCCCCGCGCCGGCCCCUCUACUACGUCCAGAGCCCCUCCAACCACGACGCCGAGAAGAUGUCCUACGGGUCCAGCCCCGCGGGGUCCCCGUCCCACCCCUACUACCACUGCUCCCCCAUCCACCACUCCCGCGAGUCCUCCACCUCCCGCUUCUCCGCCUCCCUCAAGAACGCCAACCCCCGCCACCUCUACGGCGGCGCGUGGCGGAAGCUCCACCGCGGCCAGGGGACCGACGACGACGACGGGGACGCGGACGAGGAGGAUCAGGAGGGCGGCCGGGGCUCCUCCUCCCCCGCAUGGCGCGGCGCGAGGCUCUACGCCUGCAUCGUCCUGCUGUUCUUCUUGCUCUUCACGGCGUUCUCGCUGAUUCUGUGGGGCGCCAGCAAGAGUUACAGGCCCGAGAUCCUCGUCAAGAACGUGGUGUUCGAGAGCUUCAACGUGCAGGCGGGGAUCGACCCGAGCGGGGUGACCACAGACAUGCUGACGCUGAAUUCGACGGUCAGGAUCGUGUACCGGAACCCCGCGACAUUCUUCGGCGUCCACGUCACCUCCUCCCCGCUCGACCUCCACUACUUCCAGCUCCACGUCGCCUCCGGACAGAUGAAGAAGUUCUAUCAGUCAAGGAAGAGCCAGCGCCCAGUGGUGACGGUGGUGACAGGGUAUCAGGUUCCCCUUUAUGGCGGGAUCUCAGCCCUCAGCAUGGCCAGAGAGCACCGUGAGAAAGUAGCCGUGCCAUUGAACCUGACAUUCGUGAUGAGGUCGAGGGCAUAUAUCUUGGGGAAGUUGGUGAAGUCCACGUUUUAUAGGAGAAUCAGAUGUUCUGUCACCUUAAGAGGCAACCAACUUGGCAAGCGUCAGAAAUUGACUGAUUUUUGUACCUAUCACUGAUGAUUUGUAUCAAUCACCGAAAUAUACAGUCCUACGUUCACAAGCAAAUGAGCAACAGAUUUUGCCUCUUCAGCACAAAAAGGGAAAGUUUAAUGCGUUGUAGAGUUUACGUGGUCAUUCUAAAAGUACAAUAUCGAUUGCAGUUCUUAUAUUUGAUGUUCUUACCACAUGUUUUUGGGACAAAUUGUAGCAAACAAGCUCAAUGUAUCUUGCCAGCCAGCUAUUGCGCUUCAAAUGAUUCUUGCUGUGAGUA